ACUUGAGGUAUUCCUGUAUCUAAAUGGAAUUAGUUGAGAUUGAAGCCCCUUGUAAGAGGAACAGACAUGGUACAUGGGCGCAGUUUGCUUCACGUUGUUGCAAGUCUCAUCAUACUCGGGUUGUCUGGGGCAACAAAGAAGGAACAAGUGAAAAACAAUUCAGGAGUCCAGCCAGCAGGUCAAUGUGGAACCUGGGUGAAAGAACCGGAAGGAGGACUAUUCACUUCCCCGAAUUACCCCAACAAAUAUCCACCAGAGCAAGAGUGCAUUUACAUUCUUGAAGCUCAACCGAGACAGUGUAUUGAUCUCUACUUUGAUGAAACAUAUUCAAUAGAGCCUUCUUGGGAAUGCAAAUUUGACCAUAUUGAAGUUCGGGAUGGGCCAUUUGGCUUCUCUCCAAUAAUUGGACGCUACUGUGGCCAACAAAGUCCACCCUACAUCAGAUCCAGCGGCAGAUACCUUUGGAUAAAAUUUGUUGCUGAUGGAGAAUUGGAAGCUAUAGGAUUUUCUGCAAGAUAUAACUUCACUGCAGAUCCUGACUUUAAAGACCUUGGAGUCCCAAAACCUCUGCCCGUUUGUGAAUUUGAAAUGGGAGGGCCUGAAGGGUUUGUCGAAUCUCAGCAAAUCACCAAAGACGGCAAAGCCUUACAAACGGAAGCAGUCGACUGCAAGUGGUACAUCCGAGCCCCUCCAAGGUCCAAGAUCUACUUGCGGUUCCUGGACUACGAGAUGCAGAACUCGAACGAGUGCAAGCGCAAUUUUGUGGCGGUAUACGACGGGAGCAGCUCGGUGGAGGACCUGAAGAGCAAGUUCUGCAGCACAGUGGCUAAUGACGUCAUGCUGGUCACAGCGCUGGGGGUAAUCCGAAUGUGGGCGGACGAGAGCAGCCGCAAAAGCCGAUUCCGGAUCCUCUUCACCACCUUCCAAGAGCCCCCAUGUGACGCCGAUGCGUUCUUCUGCCACAGUAACAUGUGCAUCAACAGCACUCUGGUCUGCAACGGGGUGCAAAACUGUGUAUACCCGUGGGAUGAGAACCACUGCAAAGAGAAAAGGAAAGCUAACAUUUUGGACAACCUCAACAACACCAAUGGGACAAUAAUCGGGGUGACCUGUUGCAUUGUGAUUAUCCUUCUCAUUGUGUCCGUUAUAGUUCAAAUCAAACAGCCACGCAAAAAGUACAUAAUCAGGAGAGAGGACUUUGACCCCACCAUGUUCCAGGAGGUCUUCGAGCCCCCCCACUACGAACUGUGCACCCUGCGCAGCACAGCGGCCUCUGCUGACCUGGUGGACCUGGCCGAGGACUUCGAGAACUACCACAAACUGAGGCGGUCCUCCUCCCGGUGCAUUCACGACCACCACUGUGGAUCGCAGAUCUCCAGCCUCAAGGGUAGCCGCAGCAACCUCAGCACACGGGAGGCCACCAUCCUGACCGACCUCCAGCCCCAGCCUGUCAGGCCCCUGAUCCCCCCCACCAACCGCCGGAGCAUCCUGGUGAUGAAGCACAGCUACUCGCAGGAUGCGGCGGACGGCUGCGACCUGGAUGAUGACCUGGAGGACGUGCCCACCACCAGUCACAGGCUGUCCCGGCAUGAGAAAGCAGUGCAGCGGUUCUGCCUCAUUGGGUCUCUAAGCAAACAUGAGUCUGAGUACAACACAACUAGGGUCUAAGAGGCAAUCUCAAGACUUCUUGAAAAUAGUGCAAUCCUGGAUGAGUACGAACAAGCUUCAAUGAAAUAUGAACAAACGGACCGGAGAUAUACACCAGCAUGAUGAUAUAUGGACACUUUUAGUGCAGUACCUUAAAACAAUCUAAGACAUGUAAAUAUACUCUAAUACAGUAAUAGAGCUGGAUGGCAGUCAGGAUGGUGUGUUUUUUAAAUAAAGAACUCUCAAAAGUCCACAGCAAAACUUGAAUUCAGGUAGGCUAUUCCAUUGCCUUCAUUUACACUUCAGUAUAUUUUGUAAGUUCAGCUGAUUGAAUUCAGAAUUAAUAAUAUAUUGUUACUUAAAAUUAUUAUUUGUGUCACCCGUUAAGAACGUUAAUAUAAACAGACAAAAAUGAUGAGAUUUGUUUUCAUGGACAGACAUCUGUUGAAAGCAUGGCUUUUUAUGUUUUGUCUUCCAGGUAUAUCAUUUUGCUUUGUGAAUAAUGCUUGUAAUCUGUACAUUUAAGAAAUAUGUAGCAACUGUAUUCAGUGAUCACUUUCUACAACUAACUAAUUUCAAAUCUAUCCAUUUUUCUUUAUUUACCAGUUCAAAAUGUUUUCUAUACAAAUUUCAUGAAUAAGGAAUAAUAACCAGGCAUGCUUUUUAUAUUUUAUCAAAGCUUCAUUUUAAAAGUCUAAAAACUGCUCUAUAAAUGGGCAUUCUAAAUAGUUUACACCGAUUUAUCUAAGUUAUCUAUAAAAUCAUGGCAACUACGAUUUGACUGUCCCUUAAUUUAUUAAUUAGGGAAGAACGUAAAAUGCAUGCAAAGCUUAAUAAACUUCUCGGCUCUCAAGAAACAACACAUUAAUUUUAAGCCAUUUAAUUUCACUGAAAAAAUAUAUGUUCUGCUUUUUUUUUCUUUUGCAUGGAUCAAAAACAUAAUGUCAUUUUAGAUAUGAAAUGAAAAGCAAUAUUUUUCCAUUUUGUUUCCCAUACAUUUCACAUUUUGUUUGCUGGUAGAUUCAAUUCCAGUAAUCACCUUUUACACAAAAUCAUUUUUAUUGGGGACAAUAAAAAGCUGACUCAUUUAAAAACGGCAAAUAUAAUGCCUUUCUUUACAAUGUUUCAGUUUAUUAUGAAUUGUUAAAAUAAAUAAAGCAGAAUGUGCUUCUUUUUAUGUUUUCAUCAAAA